AUGGCAGGACCAAUAUUCACGACCACGAUCCAAGAACCACCAGGACCCAAACUGUCCCUCCCCACAAACCCGAACAGCAACCCCACAGUCUUCAACGAUGCGAUGAAAAUCCGCAUGCGCGUUUUCGUCGAUGAACAGAAGUGCUCCGCGGAGGCAGAGAUCGACACUGACGACUCCCGCAGUUGGCACUGGGUCCUUUACGACGGGACCACAGCGGUGGGGACGAUCCGCCUCGUACCCCCGCCGCAAGGGCCCCACGGCCACGCCGUGCAGAAAGGGGCACACGAGCCGUGCAUAAAAUUGACCCGUGUGGCGAUCAUGCCGAUGUACCGUGGCCUGGGACUUGGGCGACGAUUAGUGGAGACGGCGUUGGAGUGGGCGGCUGUGCAUGCGGCGGAGGUUGAGGUGCAGAUCUGUAGGGGGGAGUGGCGGGGCUUGGUGCUGGUGCAUGCUCAGGUUGGUGUUGAAGGGAUGUAUGCGCGCCUUGGGUUUGAAGUUGAUGAGACGUUGGGCAGGUGGGAUGAGGAAGGCAUUGAGCAUUUGGGGAUGUUGAAACGGAUUUCUGUUCAGGAAUGA